ACUUGAAGAAAUAGAAUAAUGGCGAAACGAGUAAAGGUUAUCGGUUGUUGCCCAUAUUGUAAGCGUGAGGUGGGAGUUGAUAUGCGUCCUAUUAACGAAGUGGAUCCAAGGCGCAUGGAGGAGAUUCUGCAUGGAUUGACAUCAUCAUCAUCAUCAUCGCAUCAGAGCGUGCAGAGUACAACCGGAGCUGAUGAGUUACAAGAUGCAAAUGCAGAUUCUCAAAUUUCAUUAGAACAGAGUAGUUCACACAAUCCCGUGGUCAAUUUUACAGACAAAAUGCUGGGUUAUGUCCAGCAGGAGUUUGAGCGACCCAAUAGCUCACAGAGUACACUAACGGACGAUCAAAUUGGGAUAAUUAUGAGCAUGUUGAAAGAGGAGCAGGUUGCACUUAACCAAUAUACGAAUGAUAGGAACAAAAGGCCGAUGUCUAGGAGGCAACGAUAAUAGGAGCAAUGGCAAUUGUUCCUCCAAAAAUUUAA